AUGUGCCUCCAAAUAAAAAUAGUUGAUAGGGAGAGAAAUAAAAAUGGCGGUUGCGGUUGGAAGAGGUUUCCUUGUUCGGCCUUGCUCUUCAUCAUCCUUUCUUCGUAACGAUUUACCUAAAUCUUCUCUAGGUAUCACAACGACAUUUUCUCCUUCUAAGCCGGCAACCAGUCGACGUUAUUCACUAACUGUGGUUCGAGCACAGCAGCGACCUACAUGGCUCCCUGGGCUUGACCCUCCUUCUUAUCUCGAUGGAACAUUGCCUGGAGAUUUUGGAUUUGACCCACUUGGGCUCGGAGAGGAUCCAGAGAGCUUGAAAUGGUACGUCCAGGCAGAGUUGGUGCAUGCUCGUUUUGCUAUGGCCGGGGUCGCUGGAAUUCUUUUUACAGAUUUACUCCGCGUAACAGGUAUCAGAAACUUACCGGUUUGGUAUGAGGCAGGUGCAGUAAAAUUCGAGUUUGCCAGCACAAGAACUUUGUUCAUCGUUCAACUACUCUUGAUGGGUUUCGCUGAAACCAAAAGAUACAUGGAUUUCAUUAGUCCUGGAUCUCAAGCCAAGGAGGGAUCCUUCUUUGGAUUGGAAGCUUCCCUAGAAGGUCUAGAACCUGGUUACCCAGGAGGUCCUUUGCUUAACCCGCUUGGCCUGGCUAAAGAUAUAAAAAAUGCUCAUGAAUGGAAGCUUAAAGAGAUUAAGAAUGGACGGCUUGCAAUGGUAGCGAUGCUGGGCAUCUUUGUGCAAGCUUCAGUGACUCAUGUAGGACCAAUUGAUAACCUCGUAGAGCACCUCUCAAAUCCAUGGCACAAAACUAUUAUCCAGACACUUGCUAAUUCUGGUUCCUGAUGUUACUUGAAGGUUUUGUCUUACAACUCUAUGUCUUUAUGGUGAAUUGUAAAUUAAAUUGGAUUUUAAUUUGAUGCAAAUGAUGAUUCGUGGUUGACAAGCUGCUGUACCUGGUAACAAAACUCCACGCAUAUUCUGUCAUAAUGAUGAUGCUUCAGAGAA